AUGCCAGCAACAGUGAAGAACGUGUCAGGAGAUGGUGAUAAACACAGCAGUGAUACGACGGCCGUUGUAUUCCACCAUGAUCGAGUCUUCAGCGCUGGAGGAGAUGGAAAAGUGAAGGUAUGGACUAAAGAUCUACGAUUGGAGAAGGAGCUUACGCCCCACGAGGGCUACAUUUAUGCCAUGGCAGUCGACUCGAAAGGACAGCUUUACACCAGUAGUUCCGAUGGAACGAUCAAAUGCCUUACGAACCCGGUUGCUAGCGAUGAAUGCAAGGAGCUGCUAAAAUGUAACGAUGAGAUCGAAUGUUUGUUUGUCGACCUGAAGGAUAAUCUGUACAGUGGCGAUGAUAAGGGCAUCAUAACGAUGUGGAUCGAUCAGCGCAUUAAGUAUAAGUUUAACGUAGUCGAGCAAGUACGCUCGAUGGCCAUUCAAAACAACAUAAUCUAUUCGAUUCGGGAUAAUGAUCUGACUGUGACGGAAAUCAUCGAAGGGUCGGCAUCGGGUCGCUUCAUGACAAAAGCGUCGAUCCCCGGAAGAUGCCCGGUGCUGCUUUGUGGCGGUUGCACCGACGAGGGUGUUUACAACAAUGUCGCUAUACUGACGCGUGAUGGGUUGGGUAUUGUUAUGAUUAGAAAUAGUAAAAAGGAGCAGUAUCCUGUUAUUUGGACCAAAGAGAAUGCACAUAACAUGAUCAUCAACGCAAUGGUCGCUAAGGAUGAGUACCUUUACACAGCAGGCUAUGGUGGAACCAUCAAACUGUGGUCAGAGCUAGAUGCAAAGGAACCGAAACUGAAUGGUGAAAUAACACUUGGCACUAGUGGUACGGCCUGCAUCAAUUCCAUCGCUAUCGGAGCCGACAAAACGCAGGUGUACGUUGGAUUCAGCGAUGGUACUGUUCAGCUGGUCAAAUUUGUCUAGCUUUCCC